CGCAUGCGCGCUCCCGCCCGUGCUAGACAAAAUGGCCACUCGGUAACGCGUCUUUCAAUUGAUUUUUAUUCCGUUCUUCCCAUACCGAUUGCAUCCGAAAACACACAAAACGGCUCGUCGAACCACCACGUCAAUACCGGCCGAGUCGCACGCAGUGGUAAAAAUAAUUCCGUAUUAUUUUAUAAUUUUAUAACCUGAACCGUAGUCCGUUCCCGAACUGUUUCUGUGUUAUGUGUUAAUUACCAGUGUAUUUUUAAUUUGGAACGGAUGCUGCAUCCAACCAUGUCGAAGAGAAUUAAAAUAAUAUUAGUUUAAACAAAAAAAAAAAAAGAAAUAGAAAAACAAAUCCAUGAGUCACAGAAGCCUAAAAUUGAUGCCUUGAGUUGUGUUGUGAACAGUUUGACAAGGAAUCAAAGAUGGCGUCGUGCCUCGGUGGCCAUUUUGGGAGCAGCCAGGAUUACGUUCCGGUUGCGGAGUUUUACGCAGACAAAUCAGUGUUCGUGACUGGUGGUACGGGAUUUAUGGGGAAGGUGUUAGUGGAAAAGCUGCUGCGGAGUUGUCCAAAAAUAAAAAAAAUCUAUCUGCUGAUGCGGCCAAAGAGAGGGCAGGAUGUCGCGUCGCGUCUCUCCGAGCUCACACAAUCUCCGCUGUUCGAGACGUUAAGAAAAGACCGGCCGCAAGAGCUCAACAAGAUCGUGCCAAUCGUCGGCGACAUCACGGAACCCGAGCUGGGGAUCAGUCCGGCGGACCAGUCUAUGCUUUGUCAAAAGGUGUCCGUGGUAUUCCACUCAGCGGCGACGGUGAAGUUCGACGAGAAACUCAAGCUGUCAGUCACCAUCAACAUGCUGGGCACGCAACAGCUCGUCCAGCUGUGUCAUCGGAUGUUGGGGCUAGAGGCGCUGGUCCACGUAUCAACGGCGUACUGCAACUGCGAACGAGAAAGAGUAGAGGAGACAGUGUACGCCCCACCCGCACACCCCGAGCACGUCGUCACGCUGGUGCAGACGCUGCCCGACGACCUGGUGGACAGGAUCACACCGGACUUAGUGGGAGACAGGCCUAACACAUACACGUUUACGAAGGCACUCGCGGAGGACAUGCUUAUAAAAGAGUGCGGCAAUCUUCCCGUAGCGAUCGUCAGACCAUCAAUUGUGCUGUCAUCCGUACGGGAGCCGGUGAAGGGGUGGGUGGACAACUGGAACGGGCCCAACGGCAUCAUCGCGGCGGUCGGCAAGGGCAUCUUCCGCACGAUGCUGGGCACGGGCACGCGGGUGGCGGACCUGGUGCCCGUCGACACCGUCAUCAACCUGAUGAUCGUGUGCGCUUGGCGGACUCACUUGAGACGAGGCGACGGCGUGAUAGUGUACAACUGCUGCACGGGGCAGCGGAACCCGAUCACGUGGCAGCGCUUCGUCAAGACCAGCUUUAAAUAUAUGCGGAAACAUCCGUUUAGCGAAGUGGUGUGGUACCCGGGCGGCAACAUCACGAGCAACCGGCCGCUGCACAACACGCUGGCGCUGCUGCAGCAUCGCGCGCCGGCGCUCGUCGUCGACUUCUUCGCCAAGCUGUCGGGCGGCAAGCCCAUGAUGGUGCGUGUCCAAAACAAGCUAGAGAAGGCGUCCUCCUGCCUGGAGUACUUCACAACGCGCCAGUGGGCGUUCGCGGACGGCAACGUGCAGGCGCUGUGCGGCGCGCUGUCGCCCGAGGACCGCGCCACCUUCGACUUCGACGUGUCCAACAUCGACUGGGACGCGUACAUCGAGAGCUACGUGCUCGGCAUCCGCAGGUUCCUGUUCAAGGAGAGCCCCGACACGCUGCCGCGCUCCAGGAACACGCUGCGGAGGUUACACAUAGUCCACAUCCUAACGCAAGUGGCCGCCGUGUUCUUCCUGUGGAGAUUUCUGUUCAGUCGCUCGAACGCGUUGCGGAACCUCUGGCGUCGCAUCGUCGACAUACUGACGCGCGCCGCGCGACUACUGGCCGUCGCCUGAUGUCGCGCGACACCCUGAUACACGCUUACAUAAUGCCACUUGACGCGCGACAAAUCGUUGAUAAUAAACGCUUGAUGAAAAUAAAGUAAUGUUGAAUCUUUUUGGGGCCGCGCGACUAAUAGUUUCGGAUAUGCGAAUCGUCUCGGGCGUAAUUAGUGUAUUCCCUUAUGUCAAAGGUUGUUUAAACUAAGACACAUAGAAUUAUUUGAUAUUAUACGAUGUAGGGAGACGAGAAAUGUGUGUUCAAUUACAAGUAACUGCAGUCUAAAUACAAAUCUCGAAUGUUGAUUUUGAUUCGCAAAUCACGUGAAAAAUCAAUCAAAAUUUACACAUAAGCUACGCAAUGUUUACAUUAAAACAAUGUAAUAUAAAAUUUCGAGUAUUUUUUCUUAAAAAUCCAAAGAAUUCGUAUUUUAAACAUUCUCAAUUCUCAACGCAUAAAUCAUCGGAGAAAUCGUAGUUUAAUAAAAUAUUUCACUUACGCAUAUCACGCGAUCGAGCGAUUAAAUUCUUUAAAAACCCUUCAUAUUUUAUAUUAUAUAAACUAUGAAGAUAUAAACUAGGAAUAAUUAAAUCUAAUUACGCCUGUUGAUUAAUAUAGUGGUCAAGGCCAGAUGUCGCGCGACAAUUUGUUGGCAGAUGCUUAGAUUUUUUGGCGUACGACGCAUCUGUGUUACGAAACUUGUUUGCAAUCGUAUGUGAUAAUCACAAUCCGUGUCAUAGACAAAACUAUGAUCAGAACAACGAUAGCGAUUGCAAUGCCUUAAAAAGUUUCGUAAUACAGCUGCAGAUGAUAGAAUCGUUAGUAAGCGCUUAGGUAAAUGUUUUUUUCGUCCUGACGUUAAAAUACUUUUAGACGAUGAUGUUUUAUCAUCCAUAUUGUGAGCAUGACAGCUUCUUUGUCAUUUUAGUCUAUGCCACAGAUAGGUUUUGUUAUCGGCGUGCGAGGAAACUGUUCUAUAUAAGUUUAAAGUUAUCCGUUUAUAUAUCGAACAUGGUAACUAUCCAAUCAGAGUUUCCAAAUAGCAGUCUUCCACUAUUUGCUAAAGACCACAAUGUUAGCGAGCACUGAUUCACCCAAGACCAGCAGUGGCGUGCACUUCGUACAUGCAUUAAAGUACUGCAUACCCUGAGGAUUGUUCUCUUUAUGCUUAUUAAAUGAAGAUUUUCACAGUUUGGUUAAUUUUUCUUACUAGUGCAUACCUUGAUUGUGAAACUUAUGCACGCCACUGAAGACCAGCAAUGAUUGAUGUGAAGCUAUCACAAGUUUCUUAACUCUAAAUUAACUAAAACUCCUAUUAAUUCGCCUACUGAGCUUGUAAUUCGCCCACUGGACUAUACUGCGCCUAAAACACCGACAGUUGUAGCCGAUUUAUCAUCUGAAUGAAUACAGAAUGAAUUAUUAGAAGAACUAAUUAGUUUGUACGGUCAAGCUUAAUUUUAACAGUGUUCGUAAUUCUCCAUAUCUUCAAACCUGACGGUACAGUUGGAUUUAAAAAAAAUAAGAAGGAUCUUUCUUCCAUAAUUAUGGAUCUUGUUGGGUUAUUAUUUUAUACGUUCCGUAUUAAAAUAUACCUAAUCUUUUGAAUUAUAAACGCUCUAAACCUCUAAGGCCUUGCUAAUAAAAGUAAUUUAUCUGGUUCGAUGUUUCUGUCAUUUAACAUUUUCACAAUAAUUUGACAUUUGAGAAAGGAAACCAAUGUUGUGCAAACUGUACAAAUAGCGUUUAAAAGUCUCUUUUAUUUUAUGUAUUUUUUAUAGUGCAACACAUAUUUUGACAAGGCGGCGUUAGAAACCGUUCGCGUUGCGAUUAGUGUGAACUAAGCUUUAUAAAAGUUUCUAUGAUCCAAUGCGAUAUUUUCAAUUUGUUUUGAAAAUUACAGAGUUUUGAAUGAAUGGUUAUUUUCACGCGUUGAUUAAAUAAUGACUCCUAAUUGGGUUUUUCUAGGCUUGGAAUAGUUGUAUAGAAUGGAAUUUACCUCAUAAUUAUUGCAAUAAUUAAUAUUAAAUGUAAGUUUUUCGUAAACUGACGUUGUUAAAUACAUCUAUUUUUCAAUAUUUUUGCAUGUAAGCUAGCAGAGUUCAGUCUGCCUAUUAAAAAAUGUUUGUUUAGGGAUUUUCUGAAGAAUUUUAGGUACAUGCAAAUAUAUUGAAAAUCUACUCGUAUCAUACACGUGUGCAUCGAUAAUAAUUAAAAAUUUGGCGCUUUUUAAUAACUCGCUUGAUGCAUCACGUAUACUUUGAUUAUAUAAUCAAAGGUUCCAAGUUUGCGCCUCGAUCUUAAUUACAGUCCACUUUUAUAAGUUUUAAUUAUAUUUAUCUUUUUACUUUACGUUAAAAUUGAAGUCCAGCAAAGUCAACAUAUGAUUAGCAAAUGGACGGUUAGCUGAGAUUUUUUGUCGCCAUUUAAAAAUAAAACUUCUAUGCAGAUACAUCAGAGUAACUUAUAAAAGUGGUAAUACUGUACCAACCGACCAUACUUGUAUGAUAAAUAAGUAGGUAUAGUUUGUUAGCAAUUUUUUCGUCUGUUAUUAAAAUUAUUAUUGAUCCAUUAUAAAAUUAUAUAAUUGAUCUAAUUCUUUACAACUUAAUUGUAAGUUGUUGAUCGCGUUUAUUUUUCAAUUUUAAAUUGAGUAAUGAAAUUAGUAAAUUUUGCAAUUUUUUCUAGGAUUAAUGUUAGGUACAAAAAAAAAAUCAAAAGUAAGGUUUAUUAAUCAUUUUUAAAGCGCAGAGUUAUUUUGUCCCUUUUGAAUAGAAACGAACGCUCAAAAUUAAAGUCACAAUUAAAUUGUUAUUAUAUAAAUUACGUAUUUAUUAUUUAAUUAAAUUGUUAAUAUGACAACGACUGAAACUGUAAAAAAAAUAGUUCGUUCAAUAAUAAUUGGGGAGUUACUCUACAAAACAAGUGAACAAACAAAAUAAUGACGAUUGGAUUUAAAAUAUUAGCUAUGGCUUGGAAAAAGUAAAUUGAGAUUAUCUGUGAUUUUUUUAAUGUUUGAAAUUUAAAUCUACCCACAAAAUCAUUUAUUUAAAAAAAUUGUCCAUGAUAGAGAUUUUUAAAUAUUUGUUUUUACCUGUUUUAAAAGUACCACUAUAAUCGACAACGCGUCCAUAUAGUUUUCUCUUAAUUUUUUUUUUCUCUUUUUCCAUUUUUUAUGAUUUUCCAUCCAAAGACUUGUAUUAAUAAUAAUAUUGUUUAGGUUCGUGGUUCGAAAUAUUAUGUUCUAGAUUAAAAUACUGUCUUCGUAUUAAAUAACCUUGAAUUUAGAUGUCAGGUUGUAGUUAUUCAAUAGGUAAUCCAUAAAGGUUUCCGCAGUCUGCUGAAACUCAAAACUUUACUCGUCUACAAAUUUAUAAGGCAUUGGGAACUUUGACAUCUACCUUCAAGCUCAUAAAAAAUAUGGGAGCUAAUUUACUUACUCAAACACUGGCGAUACAAAUAAACACCAAUAGAUUUAAUAAUAAUAAUAUAACGAUUUUUAACAAAAUAUAAAACAUUUUUAUUCCAUUAUAUGAUAACAUUGUUGAUAAUAUGGCGUCGCAAUUAUUAAGUGAUGUAUUAAAAAAAGUACAAACAGUUUCAUGUAUGGACGGAAGAAUUAUAAUUCCUGUCCAUAGAUGAAAUAGAGUACCUAAUAAGUAGGCAGAAAGUUAUUUCAAUUUUAAUUUUACUUAAAGCUAGUAAAUUUUGAUGAUGCGCUGUUUAUUAUAAAAUAUACCCGGACUAUCUGUAUGGUUGCAUAAAACAAUGCUUAUUGCAAUGCGAACUGCAAUAUCUACCUGCAUCAAAUAGACUUCAACUCUACAGUUAGGCUGGACAAGGAAUAAAUGAUCGCUUUUCACUCAGUAUAAAAUGUAAAUAAACCAAUCAGAUUAUUUGGUGGUGAUGUGAUUGUUCUAUCUUUCAUUUGAUUGGUUACUUUCUAGUUAUAUUGGGUGGAAAUGCACAAAGCAAGGGCGUUAUGUAAUAGUUGGCCAUAUUUAUAAACAGUUUAGUUCCAUCUCAUGACGCUUCCUUAGUAUUAGGUAAAUAACUCGUAAGGUAUUUAAGUUUGUCUAGAAAAUUUAAUUUGCACUUUUAUUUAUUUUAAUGUAAUGCUAGUGUUAAUUCGAACUACCGAUGUGUGAUAACCCCGUAAACAAUCUCUAUGGUUAUGAGGAAUAAACUAAAAUAUGACAACUAAGUUAUGGCGGAGACACGUAAGGCUAAUUAGUUUGGUGCUAGAGUACUGAGUGUAAGACAGUGCUAAACGCUCUAUGUAUUUUACUUCGGAAAAUAAUUUAACAUUUCACGUCUCCAUUACUAUUUAAGAUUUUCACUUGUGCUAAAUGAAAAUAAUUUUAUCCUCCUUAUUACGCCACAAUGUUUAGUUGUCAUAUUUUACUACUACUUUUUAAGGGGUUGGUGAAAGAUUUUUUAUUAGGUAAUUAAUUAUUGUAGCGUGUGUGCAUUUGUGGUCCCUAUGUCACUGUGCCACGUCUCACAUACACUACAAGCUAGAUAUAGACAUGACAGCGAUCAAAUCUAAAGUAUUCCAAAAGUAGUCUUCCUUUUUCGUCGAAAAUUUACGAAACAACUUGUAAUAUCCUAAUAACAAAUGCCGCUUUAUAACGCGUUAAUUUAAAAAGUGUAACACAAAUUACAAUUUGGUAGCGUUGGAAACCUAUUGCGUUACGUUAAGUGUGAACGAAUCUUAAUGAAAGUUUUUAUGGUCCAACACUACAAUAUGUCCUUUAAUAAUAAUCAUUUAUUUGCAAAAAAUAUUGUUCUUUACAACAUUCAACUAAAUUAAUAGUGUGCAAAUAUUAUACCUAUUAUGGUAAAAAAAAUACAAACAGUUACAGUUUCUAAAUUAUUAAGUGAUCUUAAUUACUGUGGAUAUUACAGUUUGUUACGUAAAAUGCUAUAAAGCGUCUUUACACUAACAAUGUAAGCUAAUUUGGCACUAUAGUAUCGUGAAGUGAUGGUUAGUAAAAUUAAUGAGUUAUUUCUAAUGACUUUUGUAUUCAAUUAAAAAUUUUGUUCUUCCAAAUUUUGUGUUUUACCUAGUUUACCUACUUUAUCUUCUAUUAUAAUAUUAUAACUGAGGUUAGGUAUAAAAGUUUACCUUGCUUACAUAUUUCAUUAUUUCUUUUUUACUCUUUGAGGAUUCAUUCAUUUUAAUAUUGAGUUGUUUAUGACUAUAAAAUUGCGUAGUUUCAUGUCUUACAAAUGAUGAAAUCUUAUAGAAUUUGAAAGUGUUAAGGGGUUUUAAGUUGUUCGAAGUGCAUUCCUCAUAUUUAAAUAAAAAGAUAUACUCAGUAGCUUAUGGCACGACCCACUAGUGCCAUAUUAGCCGUUUAUUAAAAAUAAAGUCUUCGUGAAAUACCCACACAAUGUUCUGUGUAAGCUCUACUUGUUAAGUAAUGCCUAAGUUUUUUUUUCGUUGUAAUUUAUUAGCAUUUUUCUUAAUGUGUAAGCCUAACGCAUGCUUCGCUCUCAUUCGGAGGAAUCGAUUUUACAAUAUUGGAUACUCCGUUCACAAAUUUUUAGCUGCCAUUAAUUUUAGAUACAAACGAUUAUGAUAUAAUAUAGGAAUAUUCGGCAUUGAAUAUCGAUUCCGUUUUACUUCCAGUGUUAAAUAUUUUUUAAGUUAUCUUAGAUAUUGUUGUACGCGCGUUUUUUUGCGCGCCAUGAUUGCUCGGUGGCCGCGUCAUCGCAUCGCUUUGGCUGCGCUAUGCGUUGUACAACCGGAUUAUAAUGUAUUAUAAAUGAAUUGAUUCCUAAAAAGCGAGUAAUGUGAAUUAUGAAUAUAUUAUUAUGAUUUGUUUUUCGCAUGUAAGUAUAUAUAUGUAAAUUUUGAACAAAUUGGUCUCUUCUUUGUUUUAGCGUGCUUUGUAAAUGUUACGUUACGUAUGCUUUUAUGUAUUUAAUAGUUCGUCUGAUUGCAAAUGUUCGGAUGGUAAUGUACGUGCGAAUUAUUAUAAUUAUUGUUUUGUAUAUAGUGUUUAGUUGUCCAAAGGUAAAUCCAAAUACAUUAUUGACAAAUUAUGUUAUAAAUUUGUUUCACUGUAUGUUGUAGACGAUUUUUGAAGUGACACCUGCGCGUGGAAACGUACGAUUUUUGAACGGAUAUUCAGUAGUCGGGACGCCAUCUUGUUCAGUAGUUUUAAAUCUAUAAAAUGUACUGGUCACAAUUAAAAUACAAUUUGAUGCUUAACGACAUGUAUUAUAAUAAAAUGUUACUGUAAAAACCAUAUUUAAGACUAUAAUAUUACAUUGGUGGCAUUUCGCGCCGUUAGUUUCAAGAUGGCGGGAGUGUUCGUUCAGGAAUCGCGUGAGAAAAUGCUUUAAAAUUAAAUUUGUUUCGCUUAGAAGCCAGCGGUUUAUGCUAAUGGUAAUGGAAUCCGUAAAAUCUUGGUGGAAGGUUAAAACUUUUAAAAAUGCUCAAUGAUCGAUAGUCCCCGUCUCGAUUUAGUUAGGCCUACAGAAGCCCAUACAAAUAAGUUAUUGUGUUUAUGGAAAAAAUCACAUUAUUAAAUAUCUGUCACGUGUAUGUAUUGACUUUGUUAGAGCGAGAUAGCGCAAUAAUUGUCCUAGCUAGAGCGGGACAGGGAUAGUCCGCAGGCAGCCAAUGUGUCUCGGUGAUAGGACGGUAUAUACAUGGGGGGUUAAUUUAUUAUUCCAUAUAUAUUAAAAUAAAAUAAUGUAAAGUUUAA